AUUAUUAGUAGCCGGGGCAUUUCCGUAUCCAAGACAGUUUCGUCUUAUAGUCGAAGAAGAAACUAUCAUUUAAGAAGAAGAAUCUCGACUACAAAAAUCAUUAAAUUAUUUAUUUUCCCUUUUUUUUAUUCGAAAAAAAAAUAUUUUUAAUAUUCUAUUUAUUAUAAUCUUAUUCAAACAAAUUUUUUUUUUGUGUAAUUUUUUUUUUUUUUUUAAACAUUAAACAUGGAUAAUGUUGAGGAGUAUAUUAAAGCCAAUGACCUUCAGACUCGUGAUGCCUGUGAUGUUAUCGAAGAAUUUACUGAUGAAAUUUAUCGAAUGAGAGGCAGGUGCAUUGACAUUGGAUGUGGACCCGGAACUUUUAGUAAAAAUUUCCUACUAUCAAAAUUGCAUCCCGAUUCUGUAUUGAUUGGUGCUGACAUAUCCAAACAAAUGAUUGAAUAUGCACGAAAGACUAGCACCGAUGAGGACAGAAUUGAUUUCAUAGAAUUAGAUAUUGAAACGGCGAAAAUUCCGGCAAAUGAAAUUGGACGUUAUGAUAAUGCAUUUUCCUUUUAUUGUCUCCAUUGGAUACAAAAUCCAAGACGAGCGUAUGAGAAUAUAUAUCAAUUGUUGCAACCUGGGGGAAAAGUUGUGAUAACAUUUUUAACUUUUAACAGUGGAUUUCAAGCUUAUUUGAAAAUAAGUGAAGAUCCAAAAUACAAACCCUAUAUGAAGGAUGUUCAAAAAUUUAUACCACCAACAUUGACGUACAACAAUGUAAGAGCAGAAUUAAAAAAAAUGUUAGAAGAAACUGGCUUCGAAGUAAUUCAUUGCAGCAAUAGAGAAAAAACUUUUGUUUACAAGAGCAUGAAAAUUCUAAAAGGUCACGUUCGUGCUGUUAAUCCAUUUCUUCAUCGAAUGCCAGAUAAUGUCGCAGAAGAAUAUAUGACGGAUCUUAUGUGUGAAAUUGUUAAUGAAAAAAUGAUAUGCAUUAACAAAAAUAAUAUAAACAAAGAAGAAUAUAGUAUAUUAGACAAAUAUCAAGUUUUAGUCGCAUAUUUUAAAAAACCAUUAAACAGUGAUAAUUGAAAAUAUAGUGUCAUAUAAAAAUUAUGCCUGUAUAUUAUAUAUAUAGUGUAAUAUUUAUUGAAAAAUAAAAAUAGAAAAUAAUUUUUAUAA